ACAAUUUUUACAGCGACUUAUUGGUCGAUUAAUCAAACGAUAACAUUAACUGAUUAAAAAUAGACUUGCAUGGGCGUUAGGUGAGGUUUAACGUAUUCUACACAAUAUUUUGUGAUUAUUUAAAAUGUCUAUCCGUCCUUUAUCACCUGAAUUGGCUGAGAAGGCUCGUGUGGAAUUGAACGAGGAUCCUAGAAGGUUGAAAGAAGACUUGCAGCAUUUGAAAGAUUGGAUAGCAAAGCAACCGCAUUUAAGAGUAAGGACAGAUGACCAAUGGCUAACGGUGUUUCUUCGAGGAUGCAAGUACAGUUUGGAAAGGACGAAGCAAAAACUGGAUCUCUUCUAUACCUUCCGGAACAUAGCCCCCGAGUUUUUCCGGAUUAAACACACCGAUCCAUAUUUUUAUGAAAUUUUUAAUUUGGGGAUUAUGAUCGUAUUGCCAAAGCCUAUUGGACCUACUUCACCGAUAGUGGGUAUCUUCAGACCUGGACCAUGCGAUCCCAAAAAGUACGAUAUUAUGGAUGUUAUGGCUGCCACUCACGUCCUCCAAAAGGUAGUGUUAGUGGACAAUGACCACGCAAGUGUGGCUGGUUUUCAGUCAAUAAUGGAUUUAGAAGGUACUACAAUGGCACACUUCACGCAAAUGACUCCCUUCCAAAUGAAGAAAAUGAUGGUAUUUUCCCAGGACGCAGCACCAAUACGCAUGAAAGGGUUUCAUUAUUUAAAUACGCCUCCAGGAUUUGAAACUGUAUUCAACUUAGUGAAGGGUUUCAUGAACGAGAAAAACAGAAGUCGACUUCAUGUUCAUAAUAAGAACUACGAUGAAUUAUACAAGCACAUCCCUAAAGAAGUUCUGCCUGCUGAGUACGGUGGGAAUGGCGGUACUAUUGAAGAAAUCUUAAACUACUGGAAGAAAAAGGUCCAAGAAUAUGACUCUUGGUUAGAGGAAGACGAAAAAUACGGCGUGGAUGAGUCUAAGCGGCCAGGGAAACCUAAAACUGCUGAAGAUUUGUUAGGCAUAGAUGGCACUUUCAGAAAAUUGGACUUUGAUUAAAUUAUAAAUACAUGUUUUUAUUACGAUAUUAUACACAUUUAUAUUUUAAUGAAAGUAAUAUUAUUGUAUUUCUAAUUUGAAGUAAUGGGACCGUAAAAAUAAAAGAAAAUAACCAUUGAACUUAAUUAAGCCUUAUCUUAAUUAUCAAAUUAAGCGUAAUAAGUAGAUAAUUAACAGACAUACAUAAAUAGUUUUUUUUUGUAUACUUACAUAUUUUAAAGUUACUGUUUCUUUUCAAUUAUCAUAAAUCUUUAAGAGGAGAUAUUUUACUGGAUGAUAUUGAAAUGGCAGAUAUGUCUGUGUCGUUGGUUUGUGGAGGUCGAUCUUACAGAAUAUAUGCUAGAAAUGGAAUCGCUAGUUCCCAAUAAUAACAACUCGAAAUUCUAAGAAGCAGUUGGGGAAACGAAGAAUACAAUCACUAGUACAAUAGAUAAAACCUUACUUCUAACUUGGAUCGGUAAACAAAGUUCUUUUCUAGGGUCAAUUCCAUCCAAUCCUAUUUAUUUGUAUACUAUUUAUUGGUAACUUUUUAAUAAAUAUCAAGCUUUUUUCGUUUA